AUGAUCGCGGGCACGCUCGUGCAGACCUUCACAUUGGGGGGAUGGAAGAUGUUUGCCGGCCGCUUCGUGCUUGGAUUCGGGGCCGGGUUUGCGCAGGUCUCUGGCCCCGCCUACUGUGCCGAGAUUGCGCACCCGAGGAAUCGGUCCCAGGUCGCAGCACUCGUCAAUACGUGCUACUACAUUGGCGCGAUCGUGGCCGCGUGGACGACUUUUGGAGCGACGUACAUGACCCGCGCGGGGAAUUGGAGCUGGAAGCUGUGCACGCUGUUGCAGCUCGGGAUUCCCGUGCUCUGCUUGGCACUCCUGCCGUUCGUUCCCGAGAGCCCAAGGUGGCUCGUGUCGAAGGGGAGGGAGGAGGAGGCGCUGCGCAUGUUGGCGCGAUACCACGCCAACGGGGAGGAGGGGGAUGAGCUCGUGCGGUUUGAGCUGGAGCAGAUCCGCACCGCGAUCAAGCAAGAAAGGAGGGCGCGCGAGACAAGCUGGAGCACAUUCGUCAAGACGCGCGGCAACCGCCAUCGACUCGUCAUCGUCAUCCUCACGGCCAUUUUCAGCCAGUGGGUCGGUAACGGCCCCAUUUCCUACUACCUCGUCCUGAUCCUCAAGUCUGUCGGCGUUACGAGCCCUCCGGCGCAGACAGCUUUCAACGGCGGUCUGCAAGUGUGGAACUGGAUCGCAGCGGUUUCUGGCGCAUUGCUCUGCGAGCGACUCGGGCGGCGCACACUCUUCCUGACGAGUUGUGCGGGCAUGUGCGCCUGCUACGCCAUCAUCACGGCGUGUUCUGCCGCAUACACGGAUCAUGGCAACAAGGCAGCCGGCAAGGUCGUGCUCGCCUUCCUCUACGUGUACUUUGGCUUUUAUGACCUCGCCUUCAACGGCCUCACACUCGCAUAUCCCCUCGAGAUCCUACCCUACCAGAUCAGGAGCAAGGGCAUGGCGGUGCUGUUCUUCUUCAUGAUGGCGGCAGGAUUCUUCAAUGCCUACGUCAACCCUAUUGCCAUGGAGGCGAUUGGGUGGCGGUACUACAUUGUUUAUAUUGGCGUGCAGGUGUUUGCCUUUUGCGCUAUCUACUUCCUCUUCCCCGAGACCAAGGGGCAUACGCUUGAAGAGGUCGCGUAUCUCUUUGACAGGAGGGAUGGGGCGCCCCUACCCCUCGACACACCCGUUAUUGAGAAGGAGGACGGGAGGAGUAGUUCCAGCAGAGAGUUGAGGAAGGAGGGUUUGUAA